AUGUCAGAGGAUUUUUCAAGUAGUGUAAUACCAGAAGAUUAUGAUUACAAAACUCCGGAUCAUCUUAUCAUCUGGCUCGAUGCUCACAUUGGUGAUCCGGAAAAAUAUCAUAAUUUGAAAAGAUCUUUCUCAAGUAAUAUUGAUCCCCGAAAUCAAACUUGGACAAUGUUUACUGAUACAGAUAUUGACUAUCUUCUUCGUGUUGGUGAGGCCCAACCAGUCAAGUUUGGUGGUGUACUUGUUUUACUGAUCGCAUUUACUGAUCCAAAUGCAUGUUAUCAAGCAUUUGCAACGUAUAGUGAUAAACGUAUUUUAUUCAUUACUUCUGGAACUCUUGGAAAGCAAAUUGUACCUCGGAUCCUUAAAGAUUUUCCUCAAGUCUUCACUGAUCCAGUAGCAAAUGUAUCAUACAAUACAAUCUAUGUUUUCUGUGGCUACAUAAGUGCUAAUAUACCGUGGGCAAUGCCAUUUCUUGAUUAUGUUCUAAUGUUUACUCACGAAGCGGACUUAUUAUUAAGAAUGACAUGCGACAUGGCUAAGUAUUAUCUUACUAAAGCUGAUCGACUAUAUACAGAUGGAGACCUUCUGAGCACGCGUCGUACGUAUGGCUGGUCUAAAAAACUCUUUUUAAAAAAUCAGAAACUAGGAGGACAUUGUCAAGAGUUUAUUGAUGAAGUCAACAGAAAAGCAGACAUCGUAGAAAAUAAUAUACGAUCACACAGAUUAGAUAAUACUCAGGACUACAAUAGUAGUGACGACGAAGGAAGAAGUUGCGAACCAUGCAGCUAA